GGGGACCGCGGGCUGGUGGCCUCGGCAGGGCUCUCAGCGCGGGGCUGGGGUCCGCGAGGGGGUUCUCCCUGCGUCCGGCUGUGCGCAGGCGCUCAGGGAGGAAGGCCGGGCACGCGUCAGCCAAUGAGAGCUCGAGCUCGGCGCCGGCCGCACGCCGGCCUCACCGCCAGCGACCCGCUGCGGCUGACGCCGGAGAGACGCGCCCAGAGGUGCGCGCCCGACUGGGAUUUCAGGGACGGGGGCCUAGCGAGCACUGCUGGUGAUUAAUGGAUGGCUGGGAAUUGACGUAUAUAUAUACAUUCAGAAAUGUUUUGCCACCUGAGACCUGUGAGAAGGUUAUGUCUAGAGAAGAGAUUUCCACACUGGUUGCUCUACUCAAGAGCUUUAUCGGGAGCUGAAGCGGUCAAUGCCUUGAGGCCAUUCUAUUUUGCAGUACAUCCAGAUUUCUUUGGACAACACCCCAGAGAGAGGGAAGUCAAUGAAAAUUCUCUUAAGAGAUUAAGUGUCUACUUGGAAAACCUCCAGAAACCAGGCUUCAAGUCUUUGAAACCAACUCAGCUUACAUUUUAUGUGAGAGAAACAGAGCAGAACGCCUCUGAAGGCCAGGAGCCCUUUAGCACAUCCGGAUUUCGAGCAGUCAAAUUUACUUUGCACACCAGAGAUCUGCUAAGCACAGUAUUGUAUAUUCUCAACUCCUGCAGUUUAUCUGUUGAACAUAUCCAAAGCUUGAAUUCUAAUGUGUAUUCCCAGCCUCUCAAAGAGGCUAAAAGGAUGUCUGACAGGCCCAUCAAGUGGGACAAGUCUUAUUACUACUUUACUGGAUUCAAGGACCCUCAUGAAGACCUUGAACAAGUCUCAAGAAUGGAAACAACCCUCACAUCCUGGUUAGAUAGCAAUGGGAAAAGUGCAGUUAAAAAGUUGAAGAACAGUUUGCCACUUAGAAAAGAACUAGAUCGCUUAAAAGACGACCUGUCCCAUCAGCUGCAGCUCUCAGACAUCAGGUGGCAGAGGAGCUGGGGCGUCGCCCAUCGCUGUAGCCAACUUCACAGCUUGGGCCGCCUAGCACAGCAGAACUUGGAGACACUUAAAAAUGCAAAAGGAUGUACAAUAAUAUUUACAGACCGCUCCGGGAUGAGUGCAGUGGGCCAUGUGAUGCUAGGAACAAUGGAUGUCCAUCAUCACUGGACAAAACUUUUUGAAAGAUUACCAAGUUAUUUUGACCUUCGGAGGAGGCUGAUGCUCUUAGAAGACCAAAUAAGCUAUCUUCUAGGUGGCAUACAAGUGGUUUAUAUCGAAGAAUUGCAGCCAGUAUUGACACUUGAGGAGUAUUACUCGCUUCUUGACGUGUUCUAUAAUCAACUGCUGAAAAAGAGAAUACCCUUUCACCCUCGAAGUCUGCGUGGUUUACAAAUGAUCCUUAACAGUGACAGAUACGCUCCAAGCUUGCAUGAACUCGGGCACUUUAAUGUCCCAAGCCUCUGUGACCCAGCAAACCUCCAGUGGUUUAUUCUCACCAAAGCCCAACAGGCAAGAGACAACAUGAAAAGAAAAGAAGAGUUAAAGGUUAUUGAAAAUGAAUUGAUAGAGGCUUCGACGAAGAAAUUUUCUCUGGAAAAGUUUUAUAAGGAGCCCAGUGUUUCUAGUAUACAAAUGGUGGAUUGUUGUAAGAGACUUCUAGAACAGUCACUGCCUUACCUCCGAGGGAUGCACCUGUGCAUUUCACAUUUUUAUUCUGUCAUGCAAGACGGGGACGUUUGUAUUCCUUGGAACUGGAAGGAUGGAGAAGCCGUUAAGUAACACAGGAAGCUGCAUUAUUUUUUGAAGAGACAAGAGACCGUUAAGCUUAUUUAAAUCCACAAUUUAAUAUAACAGUAUUAUUUACAUAUUAUAAGAACAAAGUUUCUAACUGCUGCUCUAAAAGUAGACCUUUUCUAAAAUUAAUUUCUGCUGCAAAACUUGUUUCAAAAGGUUUUCUCUCCCAGUCUUUACGGUGUUUCCUGUCUGAUUGGCAAGACUGGGAACAAAGCUGUCUGUAUAUGGGAACCUACUGUGUGGUAUGUAAGUGAGGGCCCUGCGGACCUGAGUAUAUGUACUCGUAUGUGCGGGAACGUGGGGAAGCGUGACCGGGCCUCAUUUAGUGCAGCUCCGAAGUGAUGGGACUCCGUCAACACACAGCUUUGUAGCUGCAUCUCUUGGGCGGAUACGAACUCGCAUUUUGCAGCCAGCAAGGGACAGCUGCAUCCAAAACAGAAGACUGACGGUCGGCAAAAAUUAGAUAACCAGAUUUUUCCUGAAUGUAUGAGUUGGAGG